CAACCCCGAUCCCAUCUGUCACAGAUUCUGUCCCCGGGCUGGACGCUAACAUCAUCUUUUCAUGACGCUGUCAUCCCCGUCCAUUCGCAGAGGUGACACUUUACCAACACAACCAUGGGCUCUGGGGAGAGUACAACCAGGAAGGUGUCGUUCGGCGUGGACGAUGAGGACAGAGUCCGGAUUCUCCGUGGAGUCAAGCUGUCAGAAGAUGUUCUACAGAGGAUGAAGGGAGUAGCCAACAUUGCUCCAGUGCGCACACCAUCGGCAAACUCAAGCACGCAGAAAGACACAGGUGCCUCUGGCAGUGCCAGUUCAAGCCCUCCUCCUCCGCAGACCUCACAGCGCCGUGCCCAACCCAGCACCCCGUCCAGCUACCCGCCCAGCACCCCGUCCAGCAGCCCGCCCAGCACCCCGCCCAGCACCCCGUCCAGCAGCCCGCCCAGCACCCCGCCCAGCACCCCGCCCAGCACCCCGUCCAACACUAGCAAACCAGAAACUAAAGACGACCAGAAGAGGUUUGAGAAAAAGCAGACGAUCCUUAAGGAGGAGCUGGCCAAGAAGGCACAGAAAGAGAGAGAGGCAGCGAGGCAGGAGAUGACUAAAGCCAUGACCUGGGAAAGACAACACACACGACAGGAAGCUGAGAAGUUCAAACAACUGGUUCAGAAGCUGCAGAAGAAAGAUGCCCAGCUCACAGCGCUGGAUGCCUUCUACAAGGAACAGCUGGCACAACUGGAGAAGAGGAAUCGGGAAAGAUACGAACAGAGCAAGGACCAAUUCCACCAAGCUGCCUCCGAGACUGAAGAACACGUGAGGCCUCGUAACACAGACCCAGUGUGUCUUGGCCUCCAGACUCAGAUUUUAUCCUGCUACAAGGACAACCGAGACCAGACUCUAAAGUGUUCAGACCUCGCCAAAACAUACAUGCAGUGUAUCAACGCUGCAAAGAAGGUAUAUAUCCGGAGCCCUGCUGUGGAGUACAGACAUAGCAGGCUUUGGGGCUAAUACCCGGGGAGCUGCUCCUAAAGUUAAAAGCUGCCUGUCGGACUGAAGAUUGAGAUGCUGAAAUGGAACCACAGAGAUGGAGAAGGAGGAAGGAUCAGAGUCGAGCAAAAGCCAAAGCAAAAAAUAUAAAAAAGUUUAGAGAGUGCUGAGGACCAGCAGGCUGACUGAGAAACUGAUUUCAAAACACCUCUACCUCUGUAUACCUGAAACUGUCUUGAUUCACUUUUUUGCUUUAUGCCUUGUCAUGUAAAAAAGUAAACGUGUAUAUGUUUUAGAUUAUUGGUUAUUAGUUGCUGUCGAUCUAUGUGGUUGUCAUGCAAAAGAUUCCGAGUGACAGGUACAAACACUAUAAAGUGAAUGAUCGGUUCUUACAGGAGAGACAGAACGACAUGCUACUUACACACAAAUGCACCUGAAACUGAGAACUGACUGUGUGAACGGUAACAACUAUAUGGACCAGGAGGCACACAGCUGGCGGGAAAGAUGUAAAUCUGACAGGCCGCUUCAGUCUAGAUAAUUAAUGGUAAAAACAGAUCUAACAACAAAGUAACUGUGACGGAGUCAGAGAACAUUUACUGAAAUUGACAGAUGAGCUAUGUUUUCUGCUUCACUCUAUAGCAAGAGCUAAAAAGAUAGCUUACAUACUGUCAAAUCAGAACUUGGCAUCACUUUGUUUACUGCAUUGACUGACCUCAGCCAAAGGUCUGACAGAGGUCAGUACACUGGGCAAGAGGCAGGACAGGGCUGACAUACAGAGACAGUAGGGUGUCUAGGCUCAACGUUAGAUGGGGUGAGAAGUUUGGACAUCUGGAGGGAGUUUUGAGUGGAGACACUGCUAUCCAGUGUUAAAGGGAGCCAGUUGAUAGGGUUUGGUCAUUUCACCAGGAGCCUCCUGGGCGCAAGCAUUGGAGGUUAACCGGACUUGCCCAACUGGGAGGGGACCCAUAGGUAGACCCAGAGCUCAUUGGAGGGACUACAUACUUCCACUGGCCUGGGAACACCUCGUUAUACACAACUUGUUGUUCCUUUGUGGUGCUUCGUGGAAGAAGUCAGGUAAAUAGCAGAUAUCCUUGAACAGUGGUCGAUAUCAAGGGCGGGGUUGCUGGGUUGUUCAGUUGU